AUGCGAGGCCAGCCGACGGGUACGACUACUGGGGCGAAAUCUCAGAAAGCACCGAACAUCCGGGAAUUGCCAUCGAUCGCGAGGUGCCUAAGAGCAGACAUAGACAUGACCAAAAAAGACACCAUCAUGCUCGUGAUGAUUUUUCCAAGACAAAUGGGCUCGGAAAGCUGCGACAAUUUUCUGAGGAUGCGGAAUGGUAAAUGUCGCAUGCUCUCUUCCUCGUCUUUUGUGCUUCAUGGA